AUGGCACAGUAUGCGAUGGCGGCCAACUGCAGAGCAAACCACAAUGGCUCUGUUUCAACUACGUCGACCUGUGGUGCGGACGAGCAGUUGCCCAUAUACUGCGAUGCUGGAUACUGUCCGGACCUCGAAGACGCAGACACAGUGAUACUGAGUCGAAUUGAGCACAUUAACCCUGGUGAUACUCAUGGCUACAUGGCUGUUGACCAUACCCACGAGACCAUCGCUCUCGCCUUCCGUGGAACAGUAUCUAGGAAUAAUUCCUUGGCUGAUAUCUACGCUAUCUACGAGGAUGUAACCGGCAUCGACGGCUGCGAGGGUUGCAAGGCCCACGCUGGAUUCUGGGACGCGGUUCAGGCGGUCUCGGGGUGUGUGUUUCCUAAGGUCCGGGACGCCGCGCAACAGUAUCCGGGGCAUAGGAUCGUCUUUACUGGCCACAGUCUGGGCGGUGCGCUGGCGACAAUCGCAGCCGCUAUGUUCCGGCAAGAAGCUAAUGUUGAUCUGUAUACAUUCGGAGCCCCAUCAGUAGGGAACUACGAGUUUGCCAAGUUCAUCUCAGAACAGACGGCUGGUGAUAACUACCGCAUCACCCAUGCCUGGGAUAUCGUUCCAAGUCUUCUUACAAGACUUAAAUGGGACUUUCCAUUUCUCCUUGAAUAUAGCCAAUUGACUCCUGAGUACUGGAUUACAAGCGGUAAUGGGGUGCCUGUUACGACUGCCGACAUUCACCGUAUCGAUGGGAUCAACAGUACGGAUGGAAACCUUGGACAGAAAGGCACGCCAGAAGACCAUGGGUGGUACAUGAUAAACACCUCGGUCUGUGCAGAGGUCUGA